GGUGGGGAGUAUUAUGAGAGGAGAGACAGAAAGAUGACAUGGUGCAACAACAGCCGAGGCGACGGCGAUCGCACCGACAACGACAAGAAUUCGGCCUUGUCGACCGCCAUUAUCGGCGGUGAGUCGCACGCGAGAUUGAUCAAGACAUGCCCUUCGUGCGGCCACCGGAUACAACUCUAUGAGGAGAAGGGUGCAGGUGCCAUACAAGAACUUCCGGGGCUUCCGGCCGGGGUGAAGUUCGAUCCGACGGACCAGGAGCUUCUGGAGCACCUGGAGGGGAAGGCGAGGCCCGAGUCGCAGAAGCUCCACCCGCUCAUCGACGAGUUCAUCCCGACGAUCGACGGCGAGGACGGCAUCUGCUACACUCACCCUGAGAGGCUACCUGGAGUCGGCAAGGACGGCUUAAUCCGCCACUUCUUUCACCGCCCGUCGAAGGCCUACACGACGGGGACCAGGAAACGGCGGAAGGUGCACGCCGACCCGCACGGCGGGGAGACCCGGUGGCACAAAACGGGGAAGACGCGGCCCGUUUUCGUCGAGGCGAAGCUCAAGGGCUACAAGAAGAUCCUGGUCCUCUACACCAACUACGGCAAGAAGCGAAAGCCGGAGAAAACCAACUGGGUCAUGCACCAGUACCACUUGGGCUCAGAUGAAGAAGAGAAGGAUGGGGAGCUUGUUGUGUCCAAAGUGUUCUACCAAACACAACCCAGGCAGUGUGGGUCUACAAGAGAAGCAGUUUUGGAGAAGUCCAAAGAUACAAGUGAGGAGGAAAGUGGUGUGCUCAGAGAUGCAAAUACUACUAGUAUUGUGGAUCUCUACAAUGCAUCACUCAUGGUAUAUAACCAAGGGAGUCAAAAUAGGGCAGCAGCUCCUCAUCUGAUGCCUGGUUUUGCACUGCAUCAUGGAGGGAAUAGUUUUAUUCCCUGAGCUCAUUCACUAUGACUCGGAAAGUUUUAUGUUUAAGUGGGGGAUUUUUAUCAAAGUUGUCAAUCAAUGUAUGAUAUUUAAUUAGGAGUUGUAUACUUUAUAGAAAGAGAGAACAGAUUGAAUAUGCUGUAAGGUAGCUUCUGACCUGUGCUGAGAAUAAAUUGUUAUGCAUGGUACAGAAUAUACGCAACAAAUACAGUUCACCUUAACAAUAAUAAUAAUAAAUAUUAGUUCUGUUGCCAACCA